UGUGCUUUUUAUUGUACCAAUCGGCUUAGGAUCAGAUGGGUCUACCAUUUAUGAAGCCUGAUGAAACCUACAGACACAUUCCUCCCUAUCCAAAGUUUCUAGUUCCGGAGCUACGGAAGACUUUGGACACUCCUUCCGAUCAAUAUCUUUUGGUAGCAUUUGAUGAAGUUGGUGUUCUAGACGAAAGUCUCGACGAAUUUCAUUUCAAGAGAACUCAUGACGGUAGAGUUCGACCAUACAACGACUUUUUCGGUAUUAUUCGGACUUUUGGGCUAUCAAAAGUCAUUCUACAUUUUAUUUCUUUAUCACCUUUAGACGUUUCCAGUAUCGUUGAAUUCCUUGAAGAGAGUCUUCUAAAGACACCUACUCAAGUUCCAGUUUGUAAUGUCUUAUGUAGUUCUUCAUUUUCAGUAAAUGAAUUGGCAGAUUCGUUAUUGGAAUGUACAGGUGGAGUUCCUGGUUUGUUGACUCGUGCAGUGAAUAUGCUUUUGAAUUAUAUAAUAGCAAGAAACCAGCCUUUCAUAUCGAAAGAAGAAUGUUUGACUUGUAUGAACGACGAUAAUUUCCGAAUAAUUUGUGCUGAACCAUUUGUGGAACGAAUAUUGAAUUUGGACGAAGAUAGAAAAAGUGUUUUUGAUUUACUUUUGAUGAUGGCUCUUUAUCGUAUACUGUUUAAAGUAGAUGACAUAUUGACCUCGGAGUCCUUUUUAUAUGAUGUCGUAACUGAGAUGGGACUAUAUCGAUAUCCUAUUGACGAGAAUACUUUCCAAGUCCUAAUUCCGAAAGUAUUUGUUGUAAUCUUCAAGAACGACCCUUCCAUAUCUUCUUUGGAAAAGAUACUUCUCGAAUCACUUGAUUUAGAACCAGUAGAUUGUUUCUUCUAUUCAAAGUGUCGUGUAUUUGAAGGAAUUGUUGCUUUACGACUAGUUUUGAUGUUGUCUUCAAAGAAUCGAAAUGAGUUGAGGGAAUUGUUGUGUCGAUUGUCUCCGAUAUGGAAACAAAUGAAACUUCCAAUCAGUACAAUAUCACCUAUUCACUAUAUCAAGUCUGUUGUUAGUUCUAGAGAAACAAGAAGUGAAUCGAACAAGAGUCGAAGAACUUUUGCCAAUACUGAAUGGAAUAAGAUUAUUCGAGAGACACUUUAUUUAGAGACUAUUUACAUUCCUUUGGACGCUACUUCUCAUAGUCCUGAUAUUAUAUUCCAAUUACAAUCUCCUGUGGAACCCAAAGUUCUUACUGUUGGAGUUGCUUGUAAAGGACGUUGGAAGUCGGAAGGAAUUGGCUGGUCAGAUAUUAUAGAUGAAGCCAAGAAAUUUUUAGAUCCUUUAUAUGAUCAAGUCUUAUCCAGUGCAAUGGAUUAUCAUCAUUGUAUGCUUAUUAUCGUUAGUACAAAGUUAUCAUUGAAUGUUUCUAAUGAGUUGGGUAAUCAGAGUCGUUGUUACUCCAGUGGAAUGUUUAUUGGAAAUGAUUCUUUCAAAGUACCUGAUAAUUGUGAACUUGUUAUUCUUUGUGAAAG